UGAAAACCAAGUGAGGAGAUGUACAUGUAGAAUUCUGCUUGUUGAUGAUGAUGAUGGAGGAGUCUGGGAUGUUUCAGAUUGAUAUGAUUCAGUGAGUAUCACUGCCACUUGACCAGUCUGUGGGGCAGCUCUCCUCACUUGGGAAGUUCUCCUCAGACCUUGAAGGAUUGCAUCAUAAAACACCACAGGAUACAGAGAGGAUAGACACAACAGAAAGAUCUUGACCAUCACCCAAGUUACAAUGGCCAAACUGUAGGAAGACGCCCAGUCCCUUUCCGGCAUUGAUUUCACAGUCCAACCUGUGUUCUGCAGUCAGAUCAGGGGGGCUUGGACAUAUCUUCAGAUCUAAAAUUGGUCAAUGGCGUGGAGCUGUCCAUCAGAAUCAGGUUCAGCUGUGAGCGAUUGGUCAGGAUGCAGCUGGAUAGAAGUGUGAGUUCAUCGAGUCUCAUGGACCACUAACCCACUCUGAGGUGGGAGGCUGUUCAUAUGUGAGGAAGGUUCCACCAGGUCAUUAAAUCUCCCUAUAGAUAAGGAACAUCUUUUGAACAACCAGAUGGAAGAAAAACAAUUCAAAUGUGAUGUGUGUGACCAAGACUUCACACGCCUAUCGUCGCUUGUCAAACACCAACGCAUUCACACAGGGGAAAAGCCAUUCAUGUGUGAAGUGUGCAACAAAGCAUUCUCUGAUUCAUCAAAUCUUCGUGUCCAUCUGCGCAUUCACACAGGGGACAAACCUUUCAGAUGUGAGCUUUGUGACAAAGCCUUCAUACAGUUAUCGAGCCUGCUGGUCCAUCAGACAAUCCACACAGGGGAAAAACCCUUCAAAUGUGAGCUUUGUGGUAAGGUUUUCUCAACAUCUACCAGGCUUUUGAUGCACCAAAGAGUUCACACAGGAGAGAAACCCUUCAGAUGUGAGGUUUGUGAGAUGGCUUUCACCCGAUCCUCUGAACUUCUGAUACACCAGAGGAUUCAUACAGGAGAGAAACCCUACAAGUGUGAGUUUUGUGACAAAUCUUUCUCACAGUCUUUGAAUCUUCGCAGACACCAGCGCACUCACACAGAAGACAAGCCAUUCAAGUGUGAGUGGUGUGACAAAUCAUUCUUUGAGUCCUCAAACCUCUGCAGACACCAACGCCAUCAUACAGGGGAGAAGCCAUUCAAAUGCGAGGUGUGUGACAAAUCAUUCUCAGAGUCCUCAAACCUCCGCAGACACUUGCGCCUUCACACGGGAGAGAAACCAUUCAGAUGUGAGGUGUGUGACAAAUCAUUCUUUCAAUCAUCAUAUCUCCACACACACCAACGCAUUCACACAGGGGAAAAGCCAUUCACAUGUGAGGUGUGCAAGAAAUCAUUCUCAUACUCCUCGAUACUCCGUGAACACCUACGCAUUCAUACAGGAAAGAAACCAUUCACAUGUGAGCUUUGUGACAGAUCUUUUUCACGGUCAUCGAAUCUCCGCAGACAUCAGUAUAUUCACACAGGGGAGAAACCAUUCACGUGCAGGAUUUGCAGUAAAUCGUUUGGAUAUUCAUCAACACUCCGUGAACACCAACGUAUUCAUACCGGCGAGAAACCAUUCAAAUGUGAAGUUUGUGACAAAUCUUUCUCCCGAUUAUCGAACCUCCGACAACACGAGCGUAUUCACACUGGGGACAAACCAUUUACGUGUGAGAUUUGUGACAAAUCAUUUUCAUGGUUGUCGAACCUUCAUGAACACCGACGCAUUCACACAGGGGAGAAACCAUUUACAUGCCAAGUCUGCAACAAAUCAUUCCCAUAUUUAAUGAACCUCCGGGUUCACCAACGCAUUCACACAGGAGAGAAACCAUUCACCUGUGAGGUGUGUGACAAAGCUUUCACACAGUUAUCACACCUGCUGGUCCAUCAGACAAUCCACACAGGAGAAAAACCCUUCAAAUGUGAGGUUUGUGAUAAAUCUUUCACAACAUCGACCAGGCUUCUGAUGCACCACAGCAUUCACACAGGAGAGAAACCCUUCAAGUGUGAAUUCUGUGAGAUGUCUUUCACACAAUGUUCUGAACUUCUGACACACCAAAGGAUUCAUACAGGGGAGAAACCCUUCAAAUGUGAGAUGUGUAGCAAAUCCUUCUCACAGUCAUCGAAUCUCCAUGCACACCAACGUAUUCAUACAGGGGAAAAACCAUUCACAUGUAAGGUGUGCAACAAAUCCUUUUCCCGAUCCUCGAACCUUCGCGCCCACCAACAUAUUCACACGGGAGAGAAACCAUUCACAUGCAAGGUGUGUGACAAAUCAUUCUCCCACUCAAUGAACCUCCGUGUACAUCAACGUAUUCACACAGGGGAGAAGCCAUUCACAUGCAAAGUGUGUGACAAAGCAUUCACCCAAUUAUCAAAUAUUCUGAGACAUCAAGCAGUUCACACAGGGGACAAACCCUUCAAAUGUAAGGUUUGUGAUAAAGCUUUUACAACAUCGACCAGGCUUCUGAUGCACCACAGCAUUCACACAGGAGAGAAACCGUACAGAUGUGAGAGUUGUGAGAAGGCUUUCACCCAAUCUUCUGACCUCCUGAGGCACCAAAGGAUUCACAAGGAGCACAGUCGAUUUAAGUGUGAGGUGUGUAACAAGGGCUUUGAACAAUCAUCAAGCCUGGUGUGUCACCAGAUCAUUCACACAAGGUAGUACCUAUUAACGUGCAAGUGGGUAGUAAAGCUUCCACAACAUCUUUACGCUCCUAGGCUAUCAGGAGAUUUACAUGGGGAGAAUCAAUCAGGUAAAAUGUUGUGAUGAGUACUCAGUCCUCUGAUCUCCUGAAGCACCAGAAAAUCCACAUUGUGAGGAACCUUUCAGGUAUGAGAUGUGUGACAAAUCUUCCACACAUCCACCAAAACAUACACACACGCGUACAUUUCCCCUGACAUGAAUGUGUGUUCAAGAAGUGAGCCAGCUGUCUGGAGUGGAUAUGGGUUAGAACUGAACCCAGCUUUAGUUGGGAAUGUGAAUUACAGAAGAUCCCCUUCAAGUGAUGGGUGUUUGACUAAUACCACGGGGAAAAUUUGUACUCUCCUGUCUGGGGGGACUACUAUCCUGAGUAUGGGGAGGGAGUGGGGAUGAGCCUCAACAGACCUGAGUUCCCUCAGCCCAUCAUAUGUCGAUGUAAUCACAGUGUUCACCUUUUAACCAGGCCCUAUACUCUUCCAAGAUUCAUUUCAUAUUCUGGGAAAGAUCUUAAGUCAUUUUUAGUGCAUUUAGUUUGGUUAAAUAUUGUUCAAUAUUGCUGUUCCUUAAUCUUCUGUAUAGAUUUUUAACUCUCAAUAAAUGACAUUUAACAUUAGCCAAACUACCUGAUGUG